AUGACCACCGACGAGGUCAAACACAUCAUCGAAAACGGCAUUCCCGGCGCCAAGGCUGAGGUCAAAGAUCUCACGGGCACCGGCGACCAUUUUCAAGCUGACGUCGUCUCAGCCGCUUUCGAGGGGCUGACGAUGAUCAAGCAACACAAGAUGGUCUACGAGGCACUCGGCGACCUUAUGAAGGGCCCGAUUCACGCGCUCAAGCUGGCGACCCGGAAAGAGUAA